UAUUAUGGCAACAUUAAUACGAUCUCGUAACCUACUGUUGCAUUUGAGAUGCGCCCGCGUGUUGAUCAUGCGAUUCCGUAUGUCCGUCAAUUCCAAUUAGCCAUCACCUUCGACAUUUGCUCUGCUCAAGCUGCUUCAUGCAAAUGUAAAUUUAUGUUCAAAGCCUGCCUACCGAGCAAGGCCAGUGUGAUACGCAUCGAGUAAGGUGCCUCGCACUUCCCCGAGAUGGGUUCUGCCCUCCCAUAUUAUUCAUUCGAAUGGAAAACAAACCGAGUUUCUCUAAUCGACGAAUGAGGUUUACGAUCGCCCUUCACCUCAGACCACUCGAUAGUCAUCUGAUUCUCGUGGUAAUCACCAUGCACCGGAACUCGCCUAUCUAACCUCAAUCGAAAUGACCCAGACCGCUCCUUCGUGAUCGCUUCGAAUGUACCAUGUGCGGGUGGUUGAGGUGACCGAGGUGGUGUAGUAGGAAUUAUGUUUA